AAAAAAAAAAAAAAAACUACCUUUUUAUUUUUAGUUUUGUUGUAAACAGCAUUUGAGUGACUAGAUUUUCCGACCGGAGUUAUAAUGGGUAACUGCCUAGUUUCUUCAGCUAAAGAAGAUGCGGCUCAUAGUUCCACAACCGUUUCUGGUACAUCAGGAAUUUCAAAAACUAGUACUUCAUCUGCUCCUUCCACCUUAUCUAUUCUGACAUACAGUGAAAAAAGUGAUGUCUCAAGUCUUCCCACACCAAGGUCUGAGGGUGAAAUCUUGUCUUCGCCAAAUGUUAAGGCCUUCAUGUUCAAUGAGCUAAAGAAUGCCACCAGAAACUUUCGUCCCGACAGUCUUCUUGGUGAAGGAGGAUUUGGUUAUGUUUAUAAGGGUUGGAUUGAUGAACACACAUUUACAGCUGCAAAACCUGGAUCAGGAAUUAUCGUUGCCGUAAAGAAACUUAAGCCUGAAGGUUUACAAGGUCAUAAGGAGUGGUUGACUGAAGUUAACUAUCUCGGGCAACUUCACCAUCAUAACCUGGUUAAACUGAUUGGGUACUGUGUGGAGGGAGAGAACCGGUUGUUGGUCUAUGAGUUUAUGCCCAAAGGGAGCUUAGAGAAUCAUCUGUUUAGAAGAGGACCACAACCACUCUCUUGGUCAGUGAGGAUGAAAGUGGCUAUUGGUGCUGCCAGAGGACUUUCUUUUCUUCAUAAUGCCAAAUCGCAAGUCAUAUACCGUGAUUUCAAAGCAGCUAAUAUCCUGCUAGAUGCAGAUUUCAAUGCUAAACUCUCUGAUUUUGGCUUAGCGAAGGCUGGCCCUACGGGUGAUAGAACUCAUGUCUCUACUCAAGUCCUGGGCACCCAUGGAUAUGCUGCCCCUGAAUAUAUUGCAACAGGUAGGUUGACAACCAAAAGUGAUGUAUACAGCUUUGGGGUUGUGUUGCUUGAACUUUUGUCUGGAAGACGUGCAGUUGAUAGAACAAAAGCUGGUAUAGAGCAGAGUCUGGUAGACUGGGCAAAACCAUAUUUGGGUGACAAAAGAAGACUAUUUAGGAUUAUGGACACCAAGUUGGGGGGCCAAUACCCUCUAAAGGGAGCCUACAUGGCUGCUACUCUUGCUGUAAAAUGCCUUAGUGAAGCCAAGGAAAGGCCUCCAAUGACAGAGGUAUUAGAAACAUUGGAACAGAUUGAAGUCCCUAAAAAUAGAGGGCGAAACUCCCAAUUGGAACAGAAGAGAGUCCAGAAGAGAGUCCAUGUUGCUGUAAGAAAGUCUCCUGCACAGAAUCUUACCUCUUUAAAUUUUACUCGCACUGAAUUCCCAUUGCCAUCUCCCAGACAAUCUGCCUUUGUACACUAAACUUUGAACAUAAAAAGGUGAAUCUUCGUACAUAAGGUUCCCCAACUUGCAAGGGUAAGAGUGAGGCCCCGAGACUCAAAUCCGUGACCUUCCAGUUACAAGGAGCAAUUUUACUGCUGCACCAUACUCAUAAUCUACACUAAACUC